AUGGGCAACUCAACUGUUACUCCUGCUGCUCCUGCAACUUCUUCUGCUCCUCGCACAUCUGUCUCUGUGAUUAAUCCUGAUAAUACUACUACUCGUAAAAAGUCAUUUACCUCUCCUGUUCCAUGGAGGUCUUUCGAUGAUGUGGCUCUUUUAGCUUCUACGACUGCCAAUAUUUCUGUUGCCAACAAGAUUUCUACAACUUCUCCAAAUCCUGCGAUUUCAGUCGUUUCUCCAGCACCAGUGAUUCCAAUUGUUUCUCCAACACCUACAGUUCCAAUUGUCUCUACAACACCAGUGAUUCCAGUUACUUCUCCAACACUAGCGAUUCCACUUGUUUCUCCUACUCUAUCUCUUAAUGAUGUCCCUGAUAAAUCUUCCAAUUUCAAUCUUGUGAUUAGUCCUGAUACGUCUCCUGUUCCUCCUACGAUUAAUACCCCUACUACUCCUAUAAGAUCUAUUACGCGUCCUAUUGUUGUUACUCCUGUUAAUUCUAUCAUUUCUUCUAAUGAAAUUCGUUCUGUUGCUCGUAUUACAAAUGAUGCUUCUGCUAAUCCAAAUAUUCCCGUUGUAUCUACAACUCCUGUUACACGUAAAACUCCUCUUCCUAUUACAGCUGCUCCAAAAAGAACAUUGUCUAGAACUUCAAUAACACCUUCAACAGUAACUCUUGAACAAGUAAAACAAGAAAAAAAGAAACCAUUAUUUUAUGUAGCUCAACAAUCCCAAAAUACAGACCUAUUCACAUCAAAAUGGACAGAUUCGAAUGACAAUCAAACAAUGGUUGUUGCUGUUCCACAUAUUGUAGCUUUACCAAGCUUUGCAUUGCGUACAACAGCUGUAUGUAAACCUUCACAAGAUGAUCGUAUUUUAUUAGAACGAACACAAUCAACACAUUCGAAUAUAUCGAUAUUUAAAUUCUAUCUAGAUCAAAAAGAAACAAAAUCAUCAAUUGGUAAUCAUACAAAAGCAACAAUGUUCAAAAUGGACACUCGCCUUAAACAAACACCUUUUCCAAGUCCAUCUUUAUCAUUUUUUACUAAAAAUUUCAAUGAUGGUACACAUGAAAUAAAUACUACUUCAACAAAUGCACCUACAUUUCAAUCACUUGGUCUACAGAACGAUUUCGAAAUAGAACGUCUUAAUCAAUUAGCAGCAAAAGUUCAUUCAAAUGAACAACAACAACGAAAAAUUCUUCAUACUUCAUCAUUCUCUGAUUUAAUUUCAAAUAGCAACAAUUCUCUUCAAUUUACUUCUUCGGCUAUUAUUGAUCAACCAAAUUAUUCAUGGAUGGAUAGUAUACGAGUACAAAAUAAUAGUCAACCAUUAGCAUCAAUAUUAAAAAAACCAUCAUCUCAAAUACUUAAUAAUCCUAAUUCUACCGAAAAAUAUAGUAAAGUACUUCAAGAGUUUCGUAAAAAAGCGGAUCUUUUAGAAAAAAAUGAUUUGGAAAAUUUUCAAUCCACAUUAUCAUUCAAUGUCUUACCACCAACAGCAAAACCCGGUCAAAGUAUAUUCAGAAGUGAAAACUUAUUUUCUAAACGAUAA